AUGGCGGAAAAGAAGCUCGAGCCCACCAUCGAUCGUCUCGAAGAUGUCGAGAGCGAGGUUCUCAAGAAUGUUCAGACUUCGGAUACUAUGGGAACGGUCACCAUCAACGAUGCCAAAGACGUCUUGUUGGUGCCGACUCCGAGUAGAGAUCCGAGAGAUCCAUUGAAUAUGCCCACGUGGAGGAAGAUCGUGUUCAUCGUUCUGCUGUCGAUCUCCGUCGGAUUGAGCAUGGUAGCUGGCUUUGGUGGCUUGCUCACUUUCUACAUCCCAACUUAUGCUGAGCAUGGCGCAUCAUACGCCGACAUCACAGCCCUCAUGACAUAUCCAACGAUGUUCAUGGGCGUUGGGAACCUCAUUUUAAUGCCACUCGCGAUGGCAAUUGGUCGUCGCCCAAUCUAUCUCCUCUCUUGCAUCAUUCUCGUUGCGGCAGGCAUUGGCGCAGCCUACGUCGAGACCUACGAACAGCAUCUCGGAGUCCGAAUGAUACUAGGAUUCGCCGCUGGUCAGAGUGAGGCUCUAGUGCCCAUGAUGAUCCAGGAAAUCCACUUCCUACACGAACGUAGUACAUUCCUGAUGUGGCAGUCCGCGAUCCAAACCAUCAUCAGCGCAGUAUACACACUUUUCGCCUCGCCGAUCGCAGGUGCAAUCGGGCCGGGAAAUUGGUACAUACUCGGAGGUGGGCUCUCCGCAGCAGUCUUCUUGGCUUUCAUUUUCUUCGUACCUGAGACCAGGUACAAUCGUUCGCUUGCGGCGUAUGGACAAGCCACCAAAGAGGAUAUCGAGACCAACCCAGAGCUGGCCGUUGAGGCAAAAGCGAUUCGAUUGUCAGAGCGACCGGCCUUUGACCUGGAUAGAUAUGCUCCCAGGACACUCUGGUCCGACAUGCUAGUCUUUGUUGGCGAGCCAGAUUGGAAGGAAGGCUGGUAUACUUUCUUCCACACCUUCCAAAUCAUGCUCUUUCCAAACGUCUUUUGGGCCUUCUGCCUCAACGGUCUGACUCUAGGCGUCAACAUCGCGUUAGGCACCACCUAUGGCACCAUUGUGACAAGUCCACCUUACAACUGGCCGGAUAGGUCAGCUUCAUACGUGACACCGGGACAGAUUAUCACCGCACUCGUAGCUUUGCCUCUCCUGGGCUAUGGCUCUGACCGUGUGCUCAAGUGGCGUGCUCGACGCAACGGCGGGGUUCACGAGCCAGAGAAUCGACUCCUCUUGCUUUGGAUCCCCAUUCUCAUCGGCGUUGUAGCUUGUGUCAUCUAUGGACAAGCGGCCCAGCAUCCUGAAAAGUACCACUGGUUCGCAAUUGCUUGGGCAUACGCGGCGUACUAUUUCGCAUUCAUCGGAAGUAACAUUGCAGGCAUUACUUACCUCCUCGACUCGUACCUCGUACCCAGCAAGAGCUGCUCCCGUGCUGGUUGUCAUCACGGCUAUGCGUAG